ACAUAAGAAGUGCAGCUACCAUAAUGUCACCCCAUUCAUACUGAUGUUCCCCUGCCUCUGAGAGAGAGAAGAAAAUUGAAACCAGGGAAUCCAGAGAAUAAUCAGGAGUCGGUAGGUUCUUAAUCAAGAACCAACUCUAUGGAUCCAGGACAGGUUUAUCCCAUGGCCUGCUCUGAACAGCGUGUUGUCCAAUAGAAGAUUCCAUUGGCAAACCAUCUCUGUUGCCUUAUAGAGCAAGCAAAGAAGAUGGAUCAAGUGAAGAACCAUCUGCCUGUGUGCUUUCUACCUACUGUGCCCUUUUUAAUCCUAGUAUCCACUCUAGCCACUGCUAAGAGUGUGACUAAUAGCACUUUAAACGGCACUGACAUGGUCUUGGGCUCUGUGCCUGUAAUCAUUGCCAGAACUGACCAUAUCAUAGUCAAGGAAGGGAACAGUGCCUUGAUUAAUUGUAGUGUUUAUGGUAUCCCUGAGCCACAAUUCAAGUGGUAUAAUUCCAUUGGCAAGCUGCUGACAGAAGACAAGGAGAAGGAGAAAGGAGGAGGAAAAUGGCAGAUGCAUGACAGUGGCCUCCUGAACAUCACCAAGGUGUCUUUUUCAGAUCGAGGUAAAUACACAUGUGUUGCUUCUAACAUCCAUGGCACUGUGAACAACACGGUGACCCUGAGAGUCAUCUUUACCUCUGGAGACAUGGGCGUCUACUACAUGGUCGUCUGCCUUGUGGCCUUCACCGUCGUCAUGGUUCUCAAUAUCACCCGCCUCUGCAUGAUGAGCAGUCACCUGAAGAAGACUGAGAAAGCCAUCAAUGACUUCUUUAGGACAGAAGGCGCAGAGAAGCUGCAAAAGGCAUUUGAGAUUGCCAAGCGGAUCCCCAUCAUCACCUCAGCCAAAACUCUAGAGCUUGCCAAAGUCACCCAGUUCAAAACCAUGGAGUUUGCCCGCUACAUUGAAGAGCUUGCCAGGAGUGUGCCUCUGCCCCCCCUCAUCAUGAACUGCAGGACCAUCAUGGAGGAAAUCAUGGAGGUGGUUGGGCUGGAGGAGCAGGGGCAGAAUUUUGUGCGGCACACCCCAGAAGGCCAGGAGGCCUCAGACAGGGAUGAGGUUUACAUGAUCCCAAACUCCCUAAAGAGAAGUGACUCCCCCACCGCUGACUCAGAUGCCUCAUCACUGCACGAGCAGCCUCAGCAAAUUGCCAUCAAGGUGUCUGUGCACCCACAGUCCAAAAAAGAUCAUGUAGAUGACCAAGAGGGUGUGCAGUUUGAAGUCAGAGAUGAAGAGGAGACAGAACCGUCAGCCGAACAUUCCCCAGAAACUGCAGAGCCUUCCACAGAUGUCACAUCCACAGAGCUAACAUCUGAAGAGCCAACACCUGUUGAGGUAUUAGAUCGAGUCCUGCCACCGGCUCACCCGGAAGCUUCAGAGCCAGCAGUGGCACAAGACAGAAACACCUGCAUUAUUUAUGAAAGCCAUGUCUAAUAUCAACCAUGAAAAGCUAUGCAUAUCAAGAAAAUCAGGGGCUGCUCCUUGUAGUGCAGAUGUAGUACGCACUCGCCGCUAAGCCUUACCAGGAGACUCAUCCCUUAGGUAGGAGUGAUGCCAUUUUAAAAGGGGAAACACCUGAGUGCAGUUUAUGACGUGACUGGAAUUUCCCCUGUAGAAAAGGAUGUGAGAAACGUCAGGGUGCAGAAUCGGUAAUACUGGACAGAAGGUGUCUGUCCAUGCGAUAUGAAUUUUAGAGGCUCUUCUCUGCCAAAUACCUUAAUGGGUGAUGCCCUUUUGUCAAAGAGAAUAUUACUGUAAGAUAUUCUGAGUUCAAGAGCCCUGUCCAAUGCACACUGCAUUGCUUUUCCUUUAAAACAAAAAAGUAUAGGUCUGCUACAACAGCAAAUGCACGUACAUGGGUUUGUUGCACUUUCUUCUCAGUUUUUAUUCCUUUCACUGUUCCUUUAUAGUGGAGUAGUUGUUGUCACAUUAAUACUAAUGGCUCUUUCCAGUUUGGUCCUCUUUGACACUUUGUUCUUGUUUCCCCCCUAGAAUACUUACCUCAGAGGCUUUGGUAUCAGUCACCAGCGCAAGGGCUGAUAACUACAAGUCACCUGUAAUGUUCCCGAGUAGUUACUAGGCUCAUUAUUUUUGUCACUACCCAGGCCUAUUUUCAUACAUCACUUUUUUUGUUUGUUUCCAGUGAAGCUGCUAUUGUGAAACUGAGAAAAACUUUGCCCAGGAAUAGCACUUUAUUAGCCAAAUAAAAAUGUGUUUACCUGUCUGAUUCUGAGAGCCUUUUGGUGGAAGGAGAUUAUAAAAGGUCAAAAAUACCCAUAUUACCCAUGAAAGCUGCUCUCUUUAGGUUUAAGUAACAUCAUCUUACAAUAAAAAACUGAUUAUCUGAAAAAUGUUUUGCUUCCAAAGACAGGGGAAUUUGAUGAAUCCUUGUAGGUUAUAGAAUAUUGACUUCCCAGAAAGUCUUGGAGGGCCAUAUGCCAUCGAGUGCCUCAAACACUUGAUUUGGGGCAGCACAAUAAAGAUCUGUGAGGUUGUGUAACCAGGUCCACUUUGUGAACCACUUAGCUAACUUGUUCGUCCUGAAGGGGAGAGUUGAAGGUUGGAGUAUGGCCUAGGGAACUGUUACAUCAAAUUUCAUGCCAAAUUAUUGAAUUAUUUUUUAGUCUCACAGGAAAGCAGUUAUAUGUGAGGCUGAGUGAUGUUAUGGAAAGAAGAAAAAGUCAGUCUAUGCAAAGACCAACACCUUACCUGACUGUGCCAAUAACUAGCUGCCUGGCUUUGGUCAGGUCUGGGUCUCAGUUUCCUUAUCUGUCAGAGGGGGCAGACUAGAUAGGCUCUGAGCUCCAUUUAAAUGGCCUCAUUCUUUCACAGAACCCCACCAAUGUCAUCGUGCUUGCUCUCUUUCCAGCUACUUAAUAGAUUUUCACUUUCAUCUCUGGGUUCAGGUAACAUUUUUAUGCUGCAUUACUUAAAGAGAUCAAUUUUAAAUAAUCCUAGCAUUUUAAGCAACGAUGUUCUUUCCCAAAACAGCAUUAGGAUCACUUCUGUAGUUUAAAUUUAACCAUAGUGAGAAUGAGUGGUAUGUCAUUGUCACUUAGAAGCAGGGGGAGUAACCUUAAAGUUGUUGUAGGGGUCAUGGCCACAUCAAAUGAUGGGGUCAUGUCAUUGGAAGUUACACGGGCCACGUUGGUACUGAGAGAGCAGACCCAAAUGUUGAGUCCUCACUCCGUCACUAUCUAGAUCAGUGAUCUUGAACAACUCCCUUCCCUUCUCCAGGGCUUAAUCUUUUCCAUCUGCAGAAUAUGGGGGUUGUGCUUGAUGAGUCACAAGAUCCCUUCUAGCUCAGACAUGUAUUAUUUUAUAGAGAGUUUGUAAUCUCCCAAGAUGGUCCUGCUGCAAGAGACAAACAACAUUGGGAGCCAAAAUGGGUACAGGAGAUCAGAUGCUUUUUGCUGUCCAAAUUUUACAACAAAUGUAUCUGGCUCUGCAGCUGAGGGCAGUGGGUUUGGCUUUAGGGGUGGCCUGAUGGGCUUCUUUAUUCAUAGAUAACCAGUGUGGAAGGCAGUCUAACAAGACAUGGAGUUUGGAAUGGACAUCACUUGGCCAGAAAUGGACUGCUGGCAUCUAGUUAGAAGUGUCUUGGGGGUUGGGGGGGUCACAUAAAGCAACGAGUAGUACAGCAGUCAAGAGAAGCCAGGACUAGGCUCUCUGGACUAGGAUUUUAUGUAUUUGGGUUGCAGAACAGCUUUAUCUCCAACUCUCAGAAUAUAAACAUUUUCCACUUGCUAUGGAGGUCAGCAAAUUUUUACUAUGGGUCUUUAUGCCCAAACAACAACAGAGAUUUAAGCUCAGUUUGUGAUACUGUGUGAACUUUUUCCCAUUCUGUUCAGUUAUUCCACUCAAACCCAUGUGCAGAUUUCCACAUGGAAAUUACAGGAGAGGGCAUCAAUUCUAUCUAAACAUUGAUUAGGGAUAAAAACUUUAAAAACAGAUUUUUUAUGAAGCAGGAGCAAGAACUUGUGACCAAAGAAUGUUCCAGAUUGGUCUUAGCUUCUUAAGACUGGGGAGAUUAUUAUUAUUAUUAUUAUUAUUAUUAUUUAGAUUUUCCAAACUUUUCCCCUCUUAGGCAUCAAAAAGCUCUUGAUAUAAGCAUAGCCAGCCUAAAAGGAGGUUGGUUCACAAUGGAGAUUUCUCCUUCCAGAAAUUCUACACUCUUCCUAUCCAUCCUGCAUCUUCUUCAUGAAAUGAGAAAGCCUCUCUUUUUCUAGAAUAUAAAAUGUAGAAGACCUCAUGACUUUCAGCUGAUUUUUCAAAGAUAAACUGCUCAGCUUCAUAGAAAUUCAUAGACCUAUGGCUGUAUGUGUGUGUCAUUGUGUGCACGCAUGCGCGUCAGGCUGUUUAGGGCAGUUUUAAAAGCUUAACACUAAAUCCCAAGCCACAUCCUUUGGGUCUUAUGUAGUCAUUCUCAACAUCGGUCUCUGGUUUCUGAGUCAUAUCUCUAGCAACCUUUUUCUUGAAAUUCUGAAAAUGAUUCAGAUACGUGUGCAUAUUUAAUUCACUUAGAUGAUCUGUAAACUUGGAUGGUAU